AUGUCGACCCUACCAGAUUCCAAACAGCCAGCAUCUGAAUUUGCAUCCGCAGCCCCUUCUAUCUCCGCCGAACCGACGGUUGAGAUGCUAACGGGGCCAAAUCAUCCUCAUCUCAUUACGAGGCUUUCCGGCCAGGAUCUUGCCAUUGUAUGCCACAGCAUCGGUGGAUCAACGAGCGUCGAAAGCCAAGCCGUCCUUCAUCCCACGUCAUGGAUAUACCCCCCAAAAGGAUUACCAGAUGGCCUCUAUAAGGACGUCAUUCGCAAACGAGUCCAUGCUCAGUUUUUCUACCACCUCUGCUCUAUAUUUUUCAACACCAGCUUGGUUCUACAACUUGUCUUUGGAGCAUUGUUGACGGCCCUGGCAUCUUCUCAAGCCACAGGUAAAGAUGUUCUCAUCACGGUACUAGCGGCACUCAAUACUGUCAAUGCGGGGUUACUGGCCUUGCUCCACAAUUCCGGCCUGCCAGAUAGGUACCAGAAGGAUUGGGACGAGUACGAUCGAGUGGAAUCAUUCUUGAGGGAAUUGAUGGAUACGGGAAUUGUUAUGAAGUCGAUGUCGAGAGAUGAGGUGGUGGAAUACUGCUAUGCUAGGUUUAGAAGGGCCAAGGAAACGAUUGCGAAGAAUAUGCCAGCGGCAUAUACGGCUACUGAGGGGAUGAUGACUCCAUCUAAUAAUGGGAAUGGGAUGCGAUUGUCAUAA